GAGGAUGGCUGCUUAUACUGAGCCAGGAUUCUCUGAAGGUUUCUUCCUGUUAAAAGGGAGUUUUCCUCUCCACUGUCGCUAUAUGCUUGCUUAGUAUGAGGAUUGCUGUAUAGUCACCGACACUAGUCAGUGACUUGAUGCAUUUUGCUGGGUUCCUUAUAUAGGAAACAUUUUUUCUGAUUGGCUUAAUGAACUGACCUGAAUUGGAAUGAUUAUUAUGCGAAGUGCCUCGAGACGACUCUUGUCGUGAUUUGGCGCUUUAUAAAUAAACUUGAAUUGAAUUGAAUUGAAAAAUCAAACAUACAUGCACACAUCUGAGUAAAUGUUGCAUCAGUUUCUUCAAGAAAUAACAUUUUCCUAGUUUUGAUAGUACAGUUUCUGGAACAAUUAAAUAAUUCACAGGUAAAUGGAAUGCUUUAAAGGGGACAUCACAUCCUCACUUCUUCCAGCGCUGGUUAAUAUUCCAUGCGAGGGUACUGGUCACAUGUUUAGGCCUGAUCAGUGGAGAGAAGGGGGUAAUUCUUGGGGCCGUCUGACUUACAGGAUGAUGGUAAUUGGCUAAAUGUCGAGGGCAGAACAGGAGUAAUCCAAUAGAUGUUCUCAGUGGGCAUAUUUAUGGAGCUAACCUAUCCUUCAAAUACAAAAACAAAGAAAGAACUCACUACUGUGUUUCCAUCCUUUGUUUUUACUGCUAUUGGGUUUUUCCGAUUUAAUUCAGGUUCAAAUUAAAGAGACUUCUGGAGUAAAUGUGGUGAACAGAAUCUGCCCUCAUGUUGCCGAGAUUUAGGAUGAAGUGGCGCACUCAGAGGAACGCAUUUAAACAGAACUGAUGACUGAAAAUCCAAGUUGGAGACGGGAGAGUUUACUUAAGGCAGCGCGGUUGGACCCGGCUGGACGGGAGGGAGGUCACGCACGGACAGGAGCCGCUGUGACGAUAACUCGAGAGGCGUGGGUGGGAUUGGGCGUAAAGAUGAGCCGCUGAGUUUAACUAGCUGGACAGAUGGUGGUCCGGAAUUAGACACCAGUUGACUCAACAAUAGCUUACGUAAUGCUGGAGAACUUAAAGUGAGUUUUUUAUAUUGAUUUAGCCUGAAAAUGAAUCCAAAAUGAAUUUUCUGCUUCAUGAAGGGAAUGCAGAGGACUUGUUUGGGACUUUUGUGCAUGAUUUUGGAUUUAUUUUGUGUUACAAAGUGAAAAUCUGAUUCAAUGGUUCUAAUAUUUGGGAUUUCUCACACUCAUACAUCUUUUCAAAAUAAAAAGAAAGCAAAUAGUCGUUUUAAAAAUAUUGUUUCGGUAGAUCAGCAAGAUUUUAUAAAGUUUGACGCAGAAGAGUGAUCAUCUGGAUUUGAUGGAUGUAACGUCUGCAGAAUGUGGUUGGAAAUUAUACUUUUCAGGGAAAGUGUUUGUAUGAAAGCAGAAACUUCUUCCAGUAAAAUGAAAAUAAAACAAGAGUGGGACGAAUAACUCCAGCUUUAAUGCAGCUCUGCAUCAGCUUAGUGGUAAACUGGUUUAGCUUCUGUUUCUUACACGUCUUCGUCUCUACUUUGAGAAAGACGUCGUACUUCUUGAAGCUAUAACACUUUUGAGUUCGUGCACUGGAGCGAAUACUGAAAAGCACGAGAUCGCUGCCAUUCAAGCAUGAACGUAAUUUUCACUUUAGAGGUGGUGGGGACACGGGGUGUGUGUGUGUGUGUGUGUGUGUGUGUGUGUGUGGUAUCUUUACAGUAUGUUCUAAUGGGAAACAGACUUAAGCUUGGUUUAUGCUUGACGUGUUUACUUUCCGCUUGGUGAUGCGGCUCGCGGCUGGAACGCGCUUCACAACUUGCAGCGUUUAUGGUUCAUGCAGCUUGUCUCUGCGGUGAGCCAAUAUUCUCCCAAACUGUAGGGGGCAGCAUGGAGCUCUACGGCAUGCAUCCAACACUACACCAUAGUAGAAGUAGAAAUUACUGUUGUGUACAACACGACAUUCCAGCAUUUUUUAAUAGCGUCCUCGUCUCUUCCGACAGUGCGAGUCUAUUUCUCUCCAAGAAUUAUUAACAUGUUGAUCUCUGAGAGCUGAAUCAUACAAAUGUCUGUAUUUACGAACCUCUGCCAUACUAGUUCUUGCCGGUCCGCCAUGUUUUUCCUCGUCCGACCGUCCACGUGGUUAGAAAAUUUCCUAGGUGCGCGGUGCGGAAAUUUUGGGCCGUGCGGAGGCGCGGUGGAGAGGCGUGGUUGUUAAAAUGACGCAAUUUUUCUGCACGGAGCCGUGCGAACCUCGCGGGCGCGUCAAGCAUAAACCAACCUUUAUACACAAACGGUUGUUUUCCACUUGGUCCUAGAGCUCAACCAGUGUCAAUUUAAUAUAAAGUAAUAUUGUUUUUGGAUGGUAAAAAGUGCAGGGGUCAAAACUUGACUUUGGAAAAAAAAUUACGUCCAUGCAUUCAAGUGUUGGUUUUUGGGCUCGUCUCCUGUGUUUCUCCUCCUUCUCUAAAUCUUUUAACGAUACAAGUACUACAGCCAAUGAAACCUCCAAAGUCUUAGAAACUUUACCCCGAAACAAAAACUACUGGGCGAUUUAGUAACACAACAUUACCUGACAGUGAGUUACUACGGAUAACUUCUUAGAUCCUUCUAGAUUUCCAGACCGAACAGAGAAAAUGAGGAUACUAGGUUCAUUUCAGUCUAACACUCAUCCACCUUAAAUCCCGCAUUAACAGAAUUAACCCAGUCACCUCCACUAGGAGUGUUUCCCAUUACCCUCUUUAUCUCUCGGUGUCUGACAGCUGAGACAAACACUCAGUUCUGCAGCCGUUACCUGCUCACACACCGCUCAGCUUCCGUUUAUCCUUUCAUACAAAAAGAAAAAGGUCAAGCCUGUGAUCGAAACAGAAUUCGGACGACGAUAGUUAACUCACAAGAGAAGGAGGAGGACUCGGACCUGAAGGGUUACCAAGAGCAAAUAAGCAGCUGCCAUGGGAAAUGCCACCAGCAGCGCAUUAUCCAAGGAGAUCCUGGAGGACCUGAAGCUCAGCACCAAAUUCUCCGAGACAGAGAUCUGCCAGUGGUACGAGAACUUUCAGAAGCAGUGUCCCACGGGACGCAUCACGCCGGAAGAGUUCGAGGAGAUCUACUCCCGCUUCUUCCCCGAGACCGACGCCAAGAGCUACGCAAGGCACGUAUUCCGCUCUUUUGACACCAACGACGAUGGCACGUUGGACUUCAAGGAGUACAUCAUAGCCCUACACAUGACCUCCAGCGGGAAGACAACCAGGAAGCUGGAGUGGGCCUUCUCUCUGUUCGACGUGGACAAGAACGGAUACAUCAACAAGUCGGAAGUGAAGGAAAUCUGCCAGGCCAUAUUUAAGCUGAUCCCUGAGGACGAGCAGAAGAAGCUACCAGAGGAUGAGAACACACCCGAGAAGAGAGCCAACAAGCUGUGGGCUUUCUUCGAUAAGAAGGACAACGAGCGACUGGCUGAAGGAGAAUUCAUCAAAGGGGUGAUUGAAAAUGAGAACGCCAUGCGUCUUAUUCAGUAUGAACCAAUGAAACAUUAAGCCCCCCCCCCCCCCCCCCCCCACACACACACACCUUUUUUCACACAACCACUCUGCUUAUUUCACUUUGUAAAUACUCAAACUUCAUGGUUGCAACUGAGUUUUCAGCAAGUUUUUAUUCUUGUUUUUCUGCUUGUGAAUGAAUUUAUGUCCAAUAGAAGCCAGUAGAGGCAUUAAUGAAAUAGUGUUUACAGCCAAAAAUUAAAUUAUUGUAAAGGCAAAUUAACAAAUUGCAUUAAAGCAAAGAAAAAACUGUUAUGUUGUGUUGUUCUGUUAACUUUUAAUGUUAAAAAAAUUGGGUCUACAGCAAAUUAGGCUAUUUUAAAAGUACCACUCCUUACGUUUAGCUCGCUGUAGAUUUUCUUCUUUUUUUUUUUUUACAGCCCUUUGAUUCUGUCUUUAGCGCACAUGUGUUGUACUUCAUUCACUCAACAAUAAAUUAAAGGUUUUCUCAUACA